AAAUAGGAUCGGAAGUGAGCGAAUGAACGCCGCUCCGUCGAUGGUCAGCAAGUUGCUGCUGCUGACCAGACUGAAAUGUUACCACGAUGGACGUUGAUGAGGAAACAUUUAGCAAGCAUUUAGUUUAAACUUAAACCAAGAAUUUAUUUAAACAAAAUUCCUGGACACCGCUAGAAUGAGAAACGUACUCGAAAUCCUCACGCGAGUGAGAAACUGACGUCAAGGGUUAGCUGCAGGAAAAUGGACGCGCGUCUGUGUGAGUGAAAGCGCGCGGCCAAGUUGGUGCAACAAGACGACGCGGGGGGAGCACAAAUUCUGCAGCUUUCUCGUUUCGAAAAUUACCUUUUUUACGUUCUGCCGUGCCAGCCAGCCCGUGAGGAGUCACGAGAACAAGUGCGUGAUUAUGCUGGCCAAUUGGUGUCCGUAGCAGCACCACCAGCAGUAGCCCGUGCGGUUCGGGGAAGCGCCUUCAACAACGAGGGCAGAGGGCGGAAGUGCCAUCGAGCAAAAAAAAGAUGUAUGUCGCGGUCAUCGUGACGAUUUGCUAGUUGCCUGGAGCCAAGCACAUAAAAGGGCAUUUGGCAGCAGUGGAAACUUAUCGGGAAUCCUGCCAAUCUAGUUCGGUGAUCGGCGUUCUACUUGCACGCCCGUACCACGACGUCCCAGCUGCCGUCGUGCUGUCUUUGCGGGGUCACCCCGAUCGACGACUCGCGGACACAAAGUUAGCGUACCGAGCGUGAAACGCAGCGAGAUGUUCCGUCAUGAGGGUUAACCCGUGUCGGCUCUGGCGGAAGUGGAAACCUUCUAUGUGCGCGAUCCCAACGCGAGUGAAGUGCGAUCGAGGUUGCCACACGGAUAACCACAGUCAAAAGGUGAAAAAGUGAAACAAAAACAGUCAAUAAAAAAAACCACAAUGUGCGUGUGUGCAAGUGCUGUGCGGGAUACCUCUAUGUGAUUCCCUGAUCACCGGUGUCCAGAAGUGGAAAGUGCCUCCCCUUGCUCAUCUUAGCGCCGGUUCUGACCACCAAAUCACGGACAAAACAGUGCCGAACGCCAAAGCUCGGGCAAAGCAUGGUAGAUUCCUGCCCUCUACAGGCGGUCAGCUUUGAAAAUGUACCUUUGGCUCAGGCGAAUCACAACGAAUUGCAUGCCGAAAACGACGCUGCCGUACAAGAAACUCGACGCGAGUGUCACCGACAGGAGCAGUGGCAAACCGACUCGGAGGUCCAAGUGACAAAGAUGAGCAGUGGAAGUGUCUCUCCAGCAGCAGAACUGACACAACACCACCAACAGGAGGGGGAGGAGCAGCGGCAGCAGCAGCAGCAGCAGCAACAGCAACAGAAGCAACAAGUAGUAGUCGCAAUCGACCUGGAAUCGGCGGCACAUGAUAAGGUUAUAAGCAAUUACCAUCACCAACUGGUCGCACAGGAACAGCAAGAUCCCGGCCAAACGGAGCACAAUCUGGAGAGCAUCACUCGGCUUCUUCCCGAACAUGCGGAGCAGCAGCAGCAGCAGCAUCAGUAUCAGGCGACGGAUGAAAGAAGUGUUUCUGUGCUAGCAGAUAGUAACGGGGAGCUGCACCAGUACCAGCAGCCGGAGGGACAAGAGGCACGUCAAUCUAAUCCUUCUCCAACACCAACCGACGCCAUGCGUCAUCCCCAGGAAUCUCACCAUCGACCGCAGCCACUAGGUGAGGUGGAAUCGGGCGAGGAAAGUGACUGUGUGGUUGUGGCAGCGACUACUGCUGAGCGGAAAGUGGAACCGUUGAAGAUCAACCUAGCACGAGACCGCGAACCUAUCCGGACGAUCAUAAAGCUGCCAGGAGCUGGCUCACUUGAGCAUCACAGUGCGGCACAGCUAUCUCCGACCAUCCGGGAGAUUCCCGGUUCGCCGAAGAUCACGAUCAAACCCCCGAAACCCCCACCAUCGGCAACGGCAACCACGGACAGUGCCCUCUCGGGUGGCGGUGGCAACGGAGAUCACAGUACCAAUAGCGUGCCCGCAUCUAACAUCAUUCCAAAGCUUACCAUAAAGCCGCUCAUAAACCCGGCGCUGGUCGAAGAGGCAGCGACGGCCGAUGAUCCAACGGCAGCUGGAGCAAAUGCCAGUGGUGAACAGAUGCACAUUAUUCCUAAACUGCUGAUCAAGGGCUCGUCUUCAGCGUUAGAAUCUGGUGGAGUGGCUGGUCGUGACGUUGGGAUGGAACCACACAUUGUGCCUAAAUUGACGAUACGUGGUGUUAACAACCACAAUCAUCAUCAUCAUCACCACCAUCACCAACAGCAGCAUCAGCACGCUCACCAUCAUAGCCAACAGCAGCCGCAACCGCAACAUAGCCAAUCGGUCAUAGCGGGAGAUGUACAUUCGCAGCCACCACAACAUGCCGCGUACAGCAACAAUGUAUCUUCCGCAACAUUGCUAACCGAUGGCGGUGUUGGAGGAGCAGCCGGUCCAUCCGGAUCCGGCUCGUCAGGUUCACCCAACACACCGCUCGUUCCUAAGUUGACGAUCAAAAUGGAUAAUCAUUACCAUCACGGGCACGUUCAGCAACAUGGUAGCAUGGAAAAUGCAACUAUACCGAAGCUACACAUUAAGACUAUUCCUCCGGAUGGUAGUGGUGGAGUAUUGCUGUUGACUACCGCUUCUGCCACAUCAUCGAUGGCAGCUGGUGCACUGGUAGCGGGAACAUCGUCCACCAGCAGUGGCGGAAGCUCAGCACCAGCUGGUUCCUCACCAGUGCUAACAAGCUCCGAAGGUGUGAAGCUGACUAUAAAACCUCUACCGGAGCAGCCGAAGUUGCCGAAGCUAACGAUAAAAACAACCGGCCUGGGCACGAUAGCGGAAACGAGUGAUGCAUCGCUAGUGUCUUCGACCAGCAGCAGCUUUUCGCCCAAAACCGAGCUACAGGUUCUUGUAGCAACACCCAACUCUGGUGCAACGACAUCCGUCAAUAGAGUGCAGUUGGGAUCCCCUUCGACGACGGGCAGCCACCAUCACCAUCAUCAAUACCAACACCACCACCAAGCACAACUCCAGCCUUCAUCGCCAAGUGACCAGCAUUCGAACAUCAGUUCAAGCUCGAUCCCAAAGCUCACGAUUAAACCCAUGCCGGCGAAGCAGGCAGCAGACUUUGGUGCUGGUUCCGUAUCAGCAGGCGAUCUUCCGACCGUGCCCAAGUUGACGAUCAAACCGAUUCCUCCUCCAUCGACGGUAACGAAGCAACAACUGCAGCAGCGAGGAGACAUCGGUAGUGGCAGUAGCAGCAAUAGCAGCAGCAUAACCACAAUCGAAACCAGUAUUAAUGCUCUUGAGCCUUCGUCCGUUUCUUCAUCCUCGGCGAAUGCGAUCAUCACAAUGUCGCCAACGUCGUCGCACUCUCCAACAACUUCUGCCUUAAAAAUGAAGAUAAAAGUGCCACCAGCGGUUCCGUCGGGAUCGUCGGAAAGCAGCUCCUCCAACUCGGCACUAAUGGCUGCCCUGUCGGGACCAUUACUUGCGACGGGAAGUGGGGCCACAUCUGGAGCGUCCAAUAUGACAAGGUUAAACAUAAAACCAAUACUACCACCUGGGCUAAAUGCUUGCUCCGGAAUGUCCGCUAGUGAGCAACACCGUAUGAUACUUACGGAAGGUAGUGGAAGAGAAGACAAGGAAGGAACAUCCGGUGCUUCGACACCUCCCUCUGGUGAAGAAGAGCAGGAUCCUAGUGUCCCGAUCAUCAUUCCCAAGGUGACGAUCAAAACUCUAGCCAAUCCAAGCGGUCAGGAGACGGAAAUCAUUUCCACACCGAAAGUCACGCUAAAGCCAAUCCCGAAACCAUCGGCUCAUCAGUCGGAGUCCGUGCUGGGAACUGAGUCCGGCAGAAAUGCUUCUCCCGUGACCACCGAUGCGCAGGAUUCGCCAAGAAUAAUCCUUAAAAUAAAUAAAGGAUCCUCCUCGACGACUACAACCUCCAACAACGCUGCAUGUGAUCAGCAGACGCUAGCGGAGGAAGGAAUGAUGGCUCCGGACGGGACUUCUAUUGCCUCCGAAAGCUCCCAUCAUCCACACUCGGCGUCAUCUGGUUCUUCACUACUAGCCAACGAAUUGAAGCGACCGGCCACAGCAUCAGCUAGCGGUAAGGUUGACCAUUCAGCGCUAUCGUCUUCUUCGUCUGCAUCGUGUGCCUCGUCGACUUCCGUGUCGGUGUCGACCUCAUCAUCUUCUUCGGGCGGUUCCGAUCCUGCGUCACCUUCUUCAGGAAGUGGCGGUGACCAUGGUGGUGAUCCUGGGUUUCCGGAAGCAAAGAAAAGCAAACUGGACGAUCGUAUCGUUACGAUGAACGACCGGCCGCCCAUUGCUCAUUCCGUCCUUCAGCAGACACUGCAACAACAAAAUCGUCCAUCGUAUCCUUACCAACAUCACCAACAGCAGCACCAGUCGGCGGCAUCAGCAGUUGCAACAACGCUUCUGCAGCGAAGACCAGCAGCACCAUCGUCCGCCAGUGAUGUUAUCAUCAUAGAUGACGAUAGCAAAUCCGGUAAUGAAACGCCAGGCAAUGUCCGUGAAUCCGAGACACCACCCCCUUCUCGGUCAACCGUCGCGCCCGAUGCGUUGGCGAACAGUGCUUCGUCUCGGUUACAGCACCAUCUUCUCGAACAAGAAAUGGAUGCCGAUAUUGAAGGGAUAGCACUGAAUGCGGCAAUGACAAAACCACGGAGAACACGUGGCACACCACGCGGUGGCCGACAAUCGCGUCGAGGUACCGGUGGAAGAAGAGGUGCCAUGCAGAAUGCUGCAGCACGAGCGGCCCUCAACCAUUCACAGCCAGCGCUUUCGCAUUCGGCUAGCCUUCAGGGAAGGACCCCGAACACCAUGUAUCUGAUGCACAAUGAAGAACGCGAUGAAGGCUCCAGCUCGGACUGCAUGAUCGUUGACGAACCAUCGUCCGCCGUAGGAGCCGCGCGAACGACAGCGGGUGGAUCGGGUUCCAGUUCGAAAUCGUCCUCUUCGUCGCUUACCAGCACUGGCAGUGGCAGCCUGUACAAUAAUACCGUUGCCAGCGGUAGUGAGGUAGAAAAGAACGGAACCGCUAGCAACAGUUCGGUGGGAAGUGUCGCCAGUUCGACGAUGGGCCACCUACCUUCAAUGACUCCGACACCUGCUUCAUCGGGAACACCGGGUGCGGGUGUGCGGAUGAGUACUCGUCGCGGGGCUGGCCAGUUACUGAAGGAGGUGCUGGCUAAUAAAACGCAAGAUCGCGAUUCCGGUGUGGAUGAAGCGCGCACCGACGGUGAGGCUGGGGCUGGUGGACUACACGGUCCGACUCCCUCGAAGCGACCACGCGGACGGCCAAAGAAGCAAAUGGUGGAGCUGGGAAUGAUGGAAACGAAUGGCGGUGGAGGUAGCAGCAAUUCAAUCGAGUCGCUGAUGACAAUGAUGACCAGUGAUGGAAUUUUGCUUACCCAACCUACCUCUUCAACGAGGGAGGAUACAACUCCUUCCUAUCCAAGCACACCAGCGCGAACGCCAAGAACACGAGGCCGAGGCCGUGGUCGUGGACGCGGCAGAGCCCAACAAGCCAACAAAAACGACAUGACGCCAAACCUCAGUGGAUCGUUCUUUGCCAGCCCAUCCGGCUUAGUCGAUCCCAACGUAGACCCACUUUUCAUCGCAUCCAAUACUAUACCAUCUGCGUUCGGCAGUGAAAGUGAUGGAGGAGGCAACUUUAAUCAGCUGUUUCAUUCCGUACAAACCCCACCACCACGCACUGGCCGUGGAUCGCGAGGUCCACGGCGAGGCGGAGGGCGCGGUUCACGGACACCGCGAGGCGGGGGCCGAGGUGCCGCAAAAGCAGCAGCCCGCAUUGCUGCAUUGGAAAUAGAAGCGUUGGCUGCAGUAGCCGCGGCUGGCGGUGAUUCCUCAUGCUGGUCACCAUCAGCGGAAUUGGGAAGCAUGAUAAAUGCUCACCAAACCGCCGAGGUAUCACCGUUUGAAACGCCGAAGGUGGUGGGUAGGCGACCAAGAGGUAGAGGAGCUUCGGCAGGUGCUAGGCGUAGUGCAACGGCUGGUAGAACGCCUCGAGGUAAAAAGGCAGCAGCCCUAGCAGUUGCUGCUUUCGCUGCUCUGGAAUCCGCCAAAACGAUGUUGGAUACUGUAGGAGACUCGCCGGAUGCACCAAACAACAUCUUUAUGACACCGAUGGCCGGUGGAUUGGAACUUUUCCGAUCGAAACUCAAUUUCCGUGAGCUGAAGACUCCGAAAAAUGCCAUCAAAUCCAACACACCACUGUCCGGUAGUGGACAGGGAAGUGGUGUUUCACCUUUGGAAGGAGCAACUCCUACCGGUGGUAGUGGAACCAAUUUGCAGCUAUUUGAAGAGGACACCCGUAUGAGUGGUGACCUCAACUAUACUACGCCUGUUCGCCUGAUGAACACUGUCGACGGAUGUCUGCAACAAAAUGAAGAAUCACAGAGUUCGUACCUGAGCAGCACCAGCGUCACGCAGGAUGCUAGCAACAACGCAGCCGUUGCCGGUACCACCAUCAACGGGAUGGCCCAAUCAGCAACACCGGAUAAUGUUGGACAGAAAGAUGGUCUACCGACACUAUCUGGUGCUGCUGGUCUUGGCAGCAAUAGUAAUAGCAGUCGUAGACCCAAAGGAAAGAUGGAAGUGUUGGAUGUGCAUCGAGCGCAGUUUACGGUCGAUCUGUUGGCAGAGUACGAAUGGCCACCGCCCAUCGCGGGCCAACGCUCCACUGACUCGUUCAUGAUCCAGGAACAAAUCGCCGAGUAUCUGGGCGUGAAGAGCUUCAAGCGCAAGUAUCCUGAUCUUAUGCGCCGUCCAGUGGAAAUGGAAGAACGCAACUUUAUACUUGAGCGGGGUCUGGCCUCAGAGAAAAUGUGUGACCUUGGUCUGACGGCGGUUUACGCUUCCGAGAUACUGGACAUCAUGUGCACGGAUUAUCCGGAAAAAUACGAAGAGUACACGCGAUACAUUCGCGAAAAGCACAUUCGAGAGUUGAGCAGCCGGCAGCGACAACAGCAGGAAGCUGUUGCUGCUGCUGCAGCCGCCGCAGCGGCUAUCGCUGCUCCAAUCGACCGAGCUCAGUUGCAGAAGGACAAAGCCAUCGAAUCGGCCGCUAGCUGGAACAGCACAUUUAACAAAGACCGACGGGAUAUGAGACGGGCUUGUAUGGACCUACAAACGUACGUAGUGCACGUGCCACGGCGUUGUCAAAAUCCUCUGGUCAAUACUCAGGAUUCAACGCAGAAAAUGCCACAAACUACCAAUUACCCUGUAGCCCUGGUUCCUGGGCAAUUCAGCGAGUAUUACACAACAUACACUCCAGAAGAAUUAGCUUGCUAUCCAAUCAAUACCGUACUGUUGGAACCUCAGGAAUUAGAGGCAAUCGUUUCCUCGGAACGGUACAAACGGUUAGCCGCAGAGGAGGCUCGUCGUCUAGCUGCACAUGAGGCAGGUUAUAGCAGUAGCGGCAGCAGCAGAAGCAGCAGCAGCAGUAGCGGUAGCAGUAGCGACAGCGACGGCAGCAGCAGCAGCAGCAGCGAUAGCGACAGCAAUGAUAGCAGCGAAGGCAGCGGUACCAGCAGCUGUAGUGAGGACGAUGGGAGAGGUAGCACUGAUGAUGAUCGUCACAGCCGCGGCAGCGCAUCAUCGGGAACUUUAUCGGGCAACGGGGGCAUAGGUGAUGAUGCUACGAAGGGCCGGAGGAAGCGACUUCGCCGAAAACGAAGGGAUGCUAGCAGAAUGAUGCCAAUGCGCGCUGUUGGUGGUAGCGAUGAGCAUCAAAAGAACGUAAAACCGACGGCUGUAGUUACUCCUGUGAGGCGUUCGAGUCGAGCGUUGAGCGCUGGCACGAUUGCACCGGUCGUCGAAGUCAAAGCCCCAACGGACUCCGACGAUUCUGAUGUACCAUUGAUUGCACACGCGACAAAGAAGAAAAAUGCAGCAGCAGCCCUAACUGCGACAGCAAGCAGUGGGAAACAAAUGGUGGAAGUAAAGCAGGAACAACCGACCAUGAAACGCCCUCCGCUAAAUCCAUUCAUGUGCGCUGUUUGUUCUGGGCCGGAAAACAUAAACAAAUACUGCAAACCAGAGCGAUUUGUGCGGUGCAAUCGUUGCAGGAGAAAAGCACAUCCAUCAUGUAUCGGCAUGUCUUCGGUGAUGUAUCGCCGUGUGCAGCAGUACAAGUGGCAGUGCUCGGAGUGCAAACUGUGCAUGAAGUGUAAUCGCAAGCCGGCGGCCAUCGAUAGCAAGAUGGUGUACUGCGAUCAAUGUGAUCGCGGUUAUCAUUUAGCCUGCAAAGGCUUACGUAAUCUGCCUGAUGGUCGCUGGCAUUGCAGUCUAUGUACCAUAUGCAGUCAGUGCGGUGCCCAAACACCUGAGGGACAUCCGAACGCUCAGCUUACCGCUCAGCAGCGGCAGCAUUUGGCAAUGGUGGCCGAAUGGACGCACGAAUAUGGCAUAAAUGCGUUGACCCAGAUACGUGAGCAUUUGCGCACUCUUUGUGUGCCAUGUAUGCGUCAGCGAAAGCAGCGGCUACAGUUACUCGAGCCGGAACUCUCUCAAGCUACUACAGCAACGCUCGACAGCAAUGACAACAAGGGCACCCUAAACAACAACAACACCAUCGACAACCGCAGUAGAAUUACUGUGACCGAAUACACCGGAGACCAUAGGAAACUUCCCCCAACGUUGCCUGUUCGCUCCAUGCCCGUUGGAGUGGCUGCUAACAGUUUGGCUAUGGGGAAUGUUGCCAAUUCUCCUAUCGUCCCAACAACCGGCGCCUCCGUAACAAUCCGAAGCAUAGCGCCUGGAGAAGGAGGAGUGGGAGGAACAGGAGGAGCAGGAGGAGCAGGAGUGUCAACUAUCCGUACUUCGUAAACAAGACAAGGUAACAGCGGGUGUUUGAAUUAAACGACACCACAGUGAUAGCCCGAUUCAUUGUGAGUGGUGUGAGAAAGAUGUAGAAAGGAUAAUGGUAAGCUAUGAAAGAAUCGCUCCUUCCCUAUGAAUCACUGUUUUCCUAUUCAACAACGAAUCUAUCGCUGGUUCCCUGAUUAUGUUUUAAGAAGUGAAGCAAGGUGCGCCACAUUAUUGGUGAAGGUGCAGUUUAAAAAGGCUAUUUAACAUUAUUCACAAAUGCACUUGUUUUAUAUAGGUUUACAAUUGAUAGUUGCAAUUGCUUAAUUAAUUGAUUAAGUGUUCGAAAAAAUUAGUUUGCAAUACUUUUAAUUCUACAGAACGCAACUCAUACAAAUGAUAGAACAAUUAUUUCUACUCUAAUGGGCUAGCCAGGGCUCCGGUUGUCAGGAAUCAGUUCUCUAUUUUACAAGAAUCCAAAGUCAUUAAGUAGCGAUAUGUGUUCGAUGGUGUCACCGGUCCAUAGAAUCUUUUGCGAAUGAGUGAGUGGCAACUAUCAACAGUUUGCUGCAGCACAUCCCAUCGUUAUAGUUUUUUUAGAAAUAGAAUUGUAAAUAUGCCUCUGCUAUAGAAUGCGCCGUGAAGCAACUGCAUAUUGUAAUUUGUUUUAAGCAAUAACCAUCAUCAUUUGAGAUCGAUUCUGACCAAUAAUUAAUGUUACAAAAUCAACAAGACUCGUACUAUUGCAAAAAUGGAUGUCAAUGGUUCGACCAUGA